CCCUCCUCCUUCUCUUCCCCCUUAAGAAACAUCAAUUCAAGCCCCUAGAAAUCUCUCUCUUUUUCUCUUUUCUCUCUAUCUAUCAGUCUAUUCUGCGAAGAUGAGCGGCGGUGUUAGGGUUUCAAUUCCCAACAACGUACGGAAGAUGGUCCAGGACAUCAAAGAGAUUGCUGGAAAUCACACAGACGAAGAGAUUUAUGCAAUGCUCAAGGAAUGUUCCAUGGAUCCCAACGAAACCGCUCAAAACCUCCUCUUACAAGAUCCCUUUCAUGAAGUUAAAAGGAAGCGUGAUAGGAGAAAAGAGAAUCCUAGCAACAGGGAGCCUGCUGAGACUAUUAGGUGGAGACCUGGGAUGCAGGGUCGUGGGGGUAGGGGCGCUAGAGGGAGCUAUUCUUCUCGUUACAGCUCCUAUGAUGUUGGUAGUGGGAGGAAUGCUAAUACUGGAAAGGAUAAUGGGGUCAAUCAAAGCACCGACAGAGGCCUUACAUCCACUUCUUCACCAGUUUUGCAGUACACAGAAAAUAAGGCAACCAUUCCAACCAUGAGCCCAAUAACUGGAAUGGAGAAUGGUCCCACCAAUGUAGCACAUGGGAAUUCUACUCAUGGAAGUGAAUCACUAGUGCCUGGAGGCAGUGGUGUUUUGGCACCCAAAGAAAGCUCUGCUGCCGAUGCUAAUAAAACUGGGAAUGCACCACUGUCACCUGCUGAUGUAAAAAGCAGUUCAGUGUCUGUAAUUGGUGGUGAACGGGAGCAGUUUCUAUCACCCACGAUACCAGUAUCUGCAUCAGGAGUCUAUUCCUCAGCUUCAGAUCCUGUACUGGUGCCAUCUCUUGAUUCACGCAUCCCCGGUGUAGUUGGUACAAUUAAACGUGAAGUAGGAAGUCGGCGGACAGCUGUUGAACCAACUGUGACAGUUCCUGCCGAGAGCAAAACUGUCUCACAAGACUUCACAGACCCUUUGCAAAUCGACAAAAUAGUACCUUGUGAUUCAGCCGGCCCCGAGUCCGUAGAUGAAAAUGCAUCUUCAGAAAUGGGGAACCCCUUCAUGGAUGGGAAGAUGCCUAGCAAAUCUCAGGGUGUUGAAAGAAACCAGCUCUCCGAGGCACCUCAAGCGCUGUCUUCAUCUUCUCUUACGGGCUCUUCGGGGAGCAGGCCUUCAUCCAAUUACGGCAGCCGAUCGCAACCACUUACUGGUCCUCAGAAAGCAGCUCCUAGCAAGGAGUGGAAACCGAAGCCGACAAACCCCAAUAUCAUUCAACCCUCCUCAACCAUUGGCACAUCGGAUGUUGCACCUAUCACAGCCGAAGCUAGUGCUCGGUCGCUUCCUGCAUCGAGUUCCACGGCCUCUGCCUCUGAAGAAACAGCUUCGAAGCUGCAGACUAAGCUAGAAGAGUUGCAUUUUUCAAAUAGUCGGCAUGUUAUCAUUCCAAAUCACCUUCUUGUGCCUGAGGCUGAAAGAACUGGAUUGAGUUUCGGAAGCUUCGAUGCUAGCUUUGUAUUAGGUACGAGCUUUGCAAAUGGCCCGGAUAGCGACAAGAUCUCUACAUCUGUGUCUGAGUCGUCUCAGGGGAUUGAAGAGACUGUGGAGGAGCCUUCUUCAAGCAUGCAAAAUCCAUCCGCAACCACCCAGGAAGGAGAUUAUUCAGAUCAUUCGCAAUCACCUGACCAGAUGCAAGAGAAUCUAUCUCCUGCUGAGGCAGAUGUUCCAUCUAGUAUUUCUCCAACAGCUGAUUACGAUCAAUCCAAGCCAGAGUCAGCACUAUCAUCAGGAGGUCCUCAAUACUCUGUAGUCCAUGCCACCCCGAACUAUUCGACAUUUGGAUUGAUGCCGCCUAUGCUCGGGAACCAAUUCACACCUUUCGAAAGCUCUGAGCCUCAGGCACGCGAUGCUACUCGCCUUCCAAGCAUUGUUGUCCAGCAACCGUUUGAUCCAUCCACAAGCUAUUAUACCCAGUUAUACCGACCCGGUGCUGAUAGCGAUGGUCGCUUCUCCCCCUUUCCUGCACCCGGUGCUACCACCAAGUACAAUGGCAACAUUGGGGCAUUACCUUCUCAGACUGGCCAGUCUCCUCCAGAGAACGGGAGUUCACUGGUUCUCUCUACUGCGGGCCCCACUCUUGUCACCCAAGCAGCAGGAGUCAUGCAGAGCUCCAUAGCUGCAACCCAGCAACCAGUUCCUGUCUUCCGUCAGCCCACUGGUGUACACAUAUCCCAUUACCCUCCAAACUACCUUCCUUAUAGCCAGUACUUCCCCCCAUACUAUGUUCCUCCCACUGCCAUCCAUCAUUUUUUAGGCAAUACCGCGUUCCCGCAGCAGUCUCUGACCGGUAGCAUAUACCCACCUCCGACAGCAGCAGCAGCUGGAGCGGCCGCUGCCAUCAAAUACUCACUUUCCCAAUACAAGCCAGGCACAAACACCAGCAACUCGGCCCACAUCGGAAUGCCAACUGGGUAUGGUCCAUACAGCUCUGGCCCAGCUGGUUAUAGCGCCAGCCCUGCUGUGACUGCAGGAAACUCAACUGGCAACGAGGAUCUUGCUGCGGCACCUCAGUACAAGGAAAAUAAUGUCUAUAUCUCCGGGCAGCAGAGUGAAGGUUCUGCUGUCUGGAUUCCUGCGCCCAGCCGAGAUAUUCCUGGCCUGCAACCUAGCUCAUUCUACAACCUUCCUCAGGGGCAGCACAUGGCCUUUGCUGCUGCUCAAGCAGGCCACGGCACGUUUGCUGGGAUCUACCACCCUGCCCAAGCGGUGCCAGCGGCAACAGUCCAUCCACUCCUGCAACAGCCUCAGACCAUGGCUGGAUCUGUCGAGAUGGUGGGGCCACCACCUGCCGGUGUUUAUCAGCAGCCACAGCAGAGCCCGCAGAUCAACUGGGCCAAUAAUUAUUGAAACAACUCAUUUGGGUACCCCACAAAAAAGAAGAAGAGAGACAUACAUCAAAUCUCGGAAGAUUGUAGAGAGACGGAGGGUCUGGAUCGCAACAAGAAAAUAUGGCGUUGGCCUGAUCUGUGAGUGUAUAUAAAAGGGUAGCCGGAAAAAGAAAAAAAGGGGACAAAAACAAACACAUGGGGAAUUCUGAAAAGUGGAGUUAUUUGAUACUCUGGCGGAGUGUGAUAGUUGAUAUGCAGGCACCCAGAAAUUAUAUAUGUAGCAUACAUCAAACCAAAUUGAACUUCACAAUUUUGGGACCUAUUAUGAUUAGACUAUCACCCAAAAAUUUGAUCUAUUGAGCUAUAUCCUAAGCCUUGAUUAAUGUACAUUUGUUUGUUGAUUCAGACCAUUGACUCCUUUCCAUUUCCACCCAUCCCAGUUAGAAAAUUAAACGAGUAUAACUUUUGGUUUAUGAUUUGAUCUAAAUUAUGGCCCAUGAUUCGGACGGUUUAAUUUGCGUUGAUCAUAUGGCUUGUUUCAAUUUCUUAGUGCCUGAGUAUCAACCAUCACACUCUUGUCAAGAGUAUCAGAAGGUUUUCCUCUUGUGAAGUAAUCUCACAUAGCUUGGGGUGGUGAAAGGUGAAAUUUCAAAUGUGACUGAUAUUUUGAGCAUUUAAAAGUUAGUUCAAGGAGGGUAUGUGGCUCUCUCUCUCUCUCUCUCUCUCUCUCUCUCUCUGACUGUUGCCAUUUAAAUUACUAUGGGUGGUGAAAAUAUUUUUAAAACCUUUUGUGUGUGUGUGUGUGGGUUUAAGGACAUUGAAGGUAAGAUACAAGCAUUAGUGGGGUUUUGAUUCUUUUACCACUGUCUUGCCUGUAAGAGUAAAUUUUGUUAGUUAGAAAAUGUAUUUUACAUUUUACAAUGUUGUAAUUGGUAUAAGUUAAUUAGAAUAUUGUCUUUUUAAUUUACA